GGAGCAGCUGAAGCCACAGGCGCAAAACUUAAAAUCGAAUGGCUUAGAGAAUGCUAUGAUGUGAAAAUGAUUUCUCCAUUGGCAAUGCGUUAUCUGUUCCAUGAUUCCCAAAAAUUUGGAACAAAAUCCCCUUCAGAGGAACAACAAUCUUUAAUUUCAUUCGGUACUACCGAUCAAGGAAAUGUAACAUAUGUAGUCCCAGGAAUUCAUCCGGUCUUUACCAUUUUUGAAUCUCCUAGUAAAGUUAGAAAUCAUACUCUUGAAUUUGCUAAGCAGGCAAGAACUAAAUUUGCUCAUGAAAAAACGUUAGAGGCUACAAAGAGUAUGACAUUAGUUGGAUUAGAUAUUUUAAUUGAUGAUAAAUUUUGUAAAGAAGUUAAGAAAAGUUUCGAAACUUAA